UAGAGAAGAACUCACACGUCAUAUGAAAACCAAGAACAACUCCGUAACGUCCUCCCAUCUUUUCUCAUCUCUUUAUUAAUCCUGACCUCUUCCUGUUUGUUCUCUUUCUUUUCAUCCUUGUUUCUAUUGCCUUUGGAAUAACCAUCCCUUAAUUCUUUGUUUAUUCUUUCACAUAUAUAGACACAAAGAUCAUAUUUUGUUCUUGUUCCCAUCUCUUUUUUUAUCAUUUUCCCACCACCUUGAAUGAUAAAUAUAUAUAGGAACAAGUCUGUGGAGAGAGACAAAGAGAUCAUAGAUGGAAACAUUGAAAACAAGAUCACAUCUUGCACCAUUGAUGACAGAGAAGAGAUGGGCAAUACCAAUAGCCAUGAGUUCAUUUGUGUUUGCUUUCCUUGUUAUCACUUCAUUGAACAUAGGAAGCACAAUGAACUCCUUCUUCUCAGCAUCAUCUUCAUUCAACCGGACAUCUCCAGUGUUUGUUGAAUCCAAACUGUCAUCUGAACCUCCACUUCCGAGGUUUGCUUACUUGGUUUCUGGAUCAAAGGGUGAUCUUGAUAGGCUAUGGAGGACAGUGAGAAGUCUUUAUCAUCCUCGCAAUCUAUAUAUUCUUCAUUUGGACUUAGAAUCUCCGGUGGAGGAAAGAGAUGAGCUUGUGUAUAGAGUAGGGAAUGACACAAUCUUUGCAGUGGUUCAGAAUGUGUUUGUGAUCUCAAAGGCCAAUAUGGUGACUUACAGAGGUCCAACAAUGGUGGCUAACACUCUCCACGCUUGUGCUAUUCUUCUGAAGAAAAGCAAGGAUUGGGAUUGGUUUAUCAAUCUCAGUGCCUCUGAUUACCCUUUAGUCACACAAGAUGAUCUUAUACAUACUUUCUCUUCAUUACCAAGGAACUUGAGCUUCAUUGAGCACACGAGUCGGCUGGGUUGGAAAGAGAGCAAGAGAGCAAAGCCAUUGAUAAUUGAUCCAGGGCUUUACAAGUCUAAGAAGUCAGAUGUGUUCUGGAUUACAGAGAAGAGAGAAACCCCAACUGCAUUCAAACUCUUCACUGGGUCUGCAUGGAUGGUUCUGUCAAGAGAGUUUGUGGAAUACUGUGUAUGGGGAUGGGAUAAUCUCCCAAGAACUCUACUCAUGUAUUACACCAACUUCAUAUCAUCUCCAGAAGGUUAUUUCCAGACAGUUAUUUGCAAUGCACCAGAGUAUAUCCCAACUGCAGUUAACCAUGAUCUACACUACAUUGCAUGGGAUGUACCACCAAAGCAGCAUCCUCAUACUCUCUCAGUUGCUGAUGCUCCCCGGAUGAUCAAUGCCAACGUGCCGUUUGCCCGGAAGUUCAACAGGGAUGACCCGGUGCUCGACAAGAUUGAUGCCGAGCUUCUCGGUGGCCGGAGGAAUUAUAGUUUUGUUUAUGGUGGUUGGUGUGAAGGUGGUGGUGGUGCUUGCUCUAAGGUUGGAGAUGUGAACAAGCUUCAACCUGGUCCUGGUGCACAAAGGCUUGCUAAGCUUAUGAACCGGAUAGUUUGGUCUAAAGCUUUUGUGAGUAAUCAAUGUAGAUGAUAUCAUUUGUGUAUGUACAUUAAUUAUAAAUGCUUUUGAUCAGUUAAUUACAUUUACACUUACAAAUUAGAAAGCCAUGGACUUAAUAUAAAUUAAAAAAUGGUUGUUGGUUUGGUUU